GUGCUCUGGUCCAGUUGGCUCCGCAGACGUCGGCUGCACCCCCGACUAGCCCUGAGCGGCGACGCCUCGACUCGACGGAAACCGGAAACCCUCGAACCGCCUCAAUUAGACUUCCCACCAACGACAAAAGUUCCGCGCUAAAAUCCUCGCCCGAAAUAUAUUACCAGUUGGAAAGUUUUCUCAGCUUUUUUAUCACUAGCCUCAACUUUCGAUCGUUUUGAGCUUGAUGGAAAUGACGAAAAGAAAAGUCGAUCUCGGCUGUGGAUGAACGCUUCGAUGAUGGAUAUUGACUCUAAAACUCUGAGACGAUAAGACGUUUCGAAAAUUAUACUUUAAUAAAACGGUGUGCAAAAUCAACGUGGAAUAAAUUAUCACUUCAAAAAUGUCAUGACGAAAGUUUGUACGCUUAUGGAAACAUCAGGAAUGAUUUUAAACGGUUUUAACACAGUCUAAAACUUCACAGAUAAAUAAACGCGAGAGCAUAAAUUUCAAAUAAAGAAGAUAAACAAUAGUGUCAAUUCGUGAUAAGUGAUCGAAAAGUGAGUUUGAAAACUGUUUCUCAAAACUGUGUUUAUUACAAUUUAAAAAAAUAAAAGUUGCGUAAUCGUCGUUGAUAAACUUUCGACGAAUGAAACUACAAAACCACCACGAUCUGAAAAAAAGACAACAAAUAACCCACCUUUGCAACGCUGUUUCAACUCGCACGGCGCUAAUCCCGGUCCCUCGGGAAAAGAGCUCACGCGGGAUUAUCCCGAUCUCAUAGCGGUCCCAUAAUCGCCGACCGUAAAAGAGGCGAGCCCCUAAUUAUGAUUAAUAAAAUAAGAAAAAAUGAAAUAUAAUGAUACUGAAAACAGUGCCGGAGUUGUGAAAAUUUUUGACAUUUUUCCAAAUACCGUACUCAUCGCGUAGUAAAUAACGUUCGAUCACUGUGCGAAACAAACCAAUUAUCGAGGUUAAUAACUUAGAGUGACGAAACGCACUGCGAAUGAACCAGAUUACGGACUGUGAUGGUGUGAAAUUGUCUGAAAAAGGAAGGAAUAAAGUAAAAAAAAACGGAAGAGAGAUAAAAGGGAAACAAGUUUGUGCGGUGGGAUUGGAUUCGAUUGAAAAAUGAAGGGGCUAAACGGAGGAUUUAUGGGGAAUGAAGUGGACUCGUGUAGAUGACGAACUGCAAUCUGAUGGUGUAAUUUUUUGAGGUUGGCAGUUUGUCAGUUCCUGUCGGCACCAGAGGGACCUGCUGCAGACCAUCAAUUUCGACGAUUUGGUGCUGGGAUAACGCGAUCGAACUACGAGAAAGAGGACGAGGUCAAGGCGAAAUUUUCGGAACAAUAUAAGAGGGGCGAAUUGGAAAAGAAAGAAGAAAAUCGCAAUGACGGUCGAAAGAAAAUAGCGACAAUUGCAGAAGGAAGCGAGUGAUCCAACCUUCGACCGGAUGCUGCACAGCAACGAUCAUGGAGAGCAAUCUUAGCACCGACGGCAACGCUUCGACCACGUCGACGGAGAAUGCGGCCAGUAAUCUCGCGGCGAUAUUUACGGCCGUCGUUUUGGGCCUGAUGAUCCUGACGACUGUGAUCGGCAAUGUCUUCGUUAUCGCCGCCAUAUUUCUCGAGAAGAAUCUUCAGUCGGUUGCAAACUAUCUUAUCGUCAGCCUCGCAGUGGCGGACCUUAUGGUGGCGUGUCUCGUCAUGCCUCUGGGUGCCGUUUACGAGAUUAAUUCUGCAGGAUGGUCGCUGGGUCCGGAACUGUGCGACAUGUGGACGAGCAGCGACGUCCUCUGUUGCACCGCUUCGAUUUUGCACCUCGUUGCCAUCGCCGUGGACAGAUACUGGGCGGUGACUGACCUCAAUUACAUUCAGGCCCGAAAUCCACGGAGAAUCGGGAUGCUGGUAGUGGCAGUCUGGGUUGUAUCUUUGGGGGUCUCUUUGGCGCCUCAACUGGGGUGGAAGGAUCCUGGCUACCUGGACCGCAUCGCCGAUGGCAAAUGCGUCGUUUCCCAAGAUGCGGCGUAUCAAAUAUUCGCUACCUGCGCUACGUUCUACGUACCUCUUUUGGUCAUCUUGUUCCUCUAUUGGAGGAUAUUCCAAGCUGCGAGAAGACGGAUCCGGAAAAGGCCAGGAGCGGCUAUUCAGCCGCCCCGAGAACGAAGAGGGAUCCUUCGGCUGGUCAGCAAAAGGCCGAGGGAAGAGUCGACAACGGCGUUCACAAUAACGCGAUCGACCCCGGACAACUCUUCGGCGUCACCAGAAAAGACGUCUUCGUACAACGGUGCGAAUCCACCGGCAACGCCGGCUCCGAGUCAUUCGGCAACGAGUUCCUCGGGCUCGAAGAAGACCCGGGAAACCAUCGAGGCGAAGAGGGAACGGAAGGCCGCGAAGACCCUAGCGAUAAUAACCGGAGCGUUCGUCGCCUGCUGGCUGCCCUUCUUCCUCGUCGCCCUGCUUCAGGCACUCUGCGAGCCCUGCGCACCCCCCGAUUUAGUAGCGAGCGUCUUUCUGUGGCUCGGAUACUUCAACAGCACCCUCAACCCCCUGAUAUACACUAUAUUCUCACCGGAAUUUCGACAGGCCUUCAAGCGGAUGCUCUGCGGCACUCGGGGAGGUCGUGGCUGACACUGGGUUUAACUGCCUGCCGGGGUGACGGCUGAUCCACCCUCGCGGAUUACGCGGACCGGGGGAACUUAGCGACGACUACGCCUUGCGCAUUUUCGAUUCUCGAUUUUCAAUUACUCUCGAUCGAAUUCAACGAGUUUUGUUCGCAAAUUUUUAAUUCAUCAAUUUUGGUCUUCUUCUUUCCCCGUCGGACACUCGUUUUAAGGGGUGACUGACCUUGAUCGUUUCACUGGUAACGGAUCAUAUUGUGUACAAAAAAGAAAAGUGCUCAAACUGGCAAUGGAUCAUACAUAUACAUUUUUGAAUAACUCUGGUGUUUCUUGAAGGAUUUGGAUG